CUCCAGGCCUGGCAUCCCGGUAGCCGGCGGCUUUUUCCGGGCCGCGCGCCCUCCUCCGCGCGUAGCCGAGCCACCCCCCUUCCUGGGAGGUCGGGGUUCACCCCUGGAACCGCCGAGUCCUCCGGGGUGGUGAGUGAGCACACCCCUCGUGCACCGAGCUGCAGGGUGCGCCUGGCCAUCAGAGGCCAGAUCCUGGCCCCGGGGGCACCCAGUUGUUGGAGAAAGUGGGCAGUAGCUGAUCACCUCUCCCAUUUGUGGUUUCCUGUGCCCGUGCUCAGCCAUGGCCAGUGAGAACUCCCCGCUGCUGGCCUACCGGCUUCUUGGGGAGGAGGGGGCUGCCUUCCCGCUCCCUGGAGCUGGAGGUCCUGGAGCUGCAUCGGCCCGCAAGCUGUCCACCUUCCUGGGUGUGGUGGUGCCCACUGUCCUGUCCAUGUUCAGUAUAGUCGUCUUCCUGAGGAUUGGGUUUGUGGUGGGUCACGCUGGCCUGCUGCAGGCCAUGGUCAUGCUUCUCGUUGCCUACUUCAUCCUGGCGCUCACUGUCCUCUCUGUCUGUGCCAUCGCCACCAAUGGAGCUGUGCGGGGCGGCGGAGCCUACUUCAUGAUCAGCCGGACCCUGGGGCCUGAGGUUGGCGGCAGCAUUGGCCUCAUGUUCUACCUGGCGAACGUCUGCGGCUGUGCGGUCUCCCUGCUGGGGCUAGUGGAGGCUGUCCUGGACGUCUUUGGGGCUGAUCCCACAGGUUCCAGUGGGCUCCGGGUCCUACCCCAGGGCUAUGGCUGGAAUCUCCUCUAUGGCUCCCUGCUGCUGGGCCUGGUGGGGGGUGUCUGCACGUUAGGAGCUGGCCUCUACGCGCGUGCCUCCUUCCUUACGUUCCUGCUGGUUUCGGGCUCCCUGGCCUCGGUGCUGGUCAGUUUCGUGGCAGUGGGACCCCGGGACAUCCCCAUAACUCCUCGGCCUGGCGUCAACGGCUCCUCUGUGCCUCCCCGAUUCGGCCACUUUACUGGUUUCAACAGUAGUACCUUGAAGGACAAUUUGGGCGCUGGCUACGCCGAGGACUACACCACGGGGGCCAUGAUGACUUUUGCCAGCGUCUUCGCGGUUCUCUUUAAUGGCUGCACGGGCAUCAUGGCUGGGGCCAACAUGUCGGGGGAGCUGAAGGACCCUAGCCGGGCGAUUCCCCUGGGCACGAUUGUUGCUGUGGCUUACACCUUCUUCAUCUACAUCCUGCUUUUCUUCCUCUCCAGCUUCACCUGUGACAGGACCCUGCUGCAGGAAGACUAUGGGUUCUUCCGUGCCAUCAGCCUGUGGCCCCCACUGGUGUUGAUUGGCAUCUAUGCCACAGCGCUCUCAGCCUCCAUGAGUUCACUCAUCGGCGCCUCUCGAAUCCUGCACGCUCUGGCCCAGGAUGACCUCUUUGGGAUGAUCUUGGCACCAGCCAAGGUUGUGUCCGGAGGGGGUAACCCCUGGGGGGCUGUCCUGUAUUCUUGGGGCCUAGUGCAGCUGGUGCUGCUGGCGGGGAAGCUGAACACACUGGCUGCUGUGGUCACUGUCUUCUACUUGGUGGCCUAUGCUGCGGUGGACCUGUCAUGCCUGAGUCUGGAGUGGGCUUCUGCCCCCAACUUCCGCCCUACCUUCAGCCUGUUCUCCUGGCACACCUGCCUGCUGGGGGUGGCUUCCUGCCUGCUCAUGAUGUUCCUUAUCAGCCCCGGGGCGGCCGGGGGGUCCCUGCUUCUCAUGGGGUUGCUUUCUGCUCUUCUCACGGCGCGAGGAGGACCCAGCAGCUGGGGCUACGUCAGCCAGGCUUUGCUAUUCCACCAGGUGCGCAAGUAUUUACUCCGGUUGGAUGUCCGGAAGGAGCACGUGAAGUUCUGGAGGCCUCAGCUGCUGCUCCUGGUGGGAAACCCCCGGGGAGCUCUGCCUCUGCUGAGGUUGGCCAACCAGCUCAAGAAAGGGGGACUCUAUGUGCUGGGCCAUGUCACCCUGGGAGACCUUGACUCCCUGCCCUCAGACCCUGUGCAGCCGCAGUAUGGGGCGUGGCUGAGCCUGGUGGACCGUGCCCAAGUGAAGGCUUUCGUGGACCUCACCCUCUCGCCCUCCGUGCGCCAGGGGGCUCAGCAUCUGCUGCGAAUCUCAGGCCUUGGUGGCAUGAAACCCAACACGCUGGUCCUUGGUUUCUACGAUGACGCUGCCCCCCAGGACCAUUUCCUGACAGACCCGGCUUUCUCUGGGCAUGCAGGUGGCACCGGGGAGAGCGGGUCCCCAUCCCUGAGCACGCUGUUCCCGCCACCACGGGCUCCCGGGAGCCCCCGGGCGCUCAGCCCCCAGGACUACGUGGCCACUGUGGCCGACGCCCUGAAGAUGAACAAGAAUGUGGUCCUGGCCCGGGCCUGUGGGGCUUUGCCCCCCGAGCGCCUGAGCCGGGGGUCCGGGAGCGUCUCCCAGCUUCACCACGUGGACGUGUGGCCCCUGAACCUGCUGAGGCCCCGGGGCGGGCCGGGCUAUGUAGACGUCUGUGGUCUCUUCCUGCUGCAGAUGGCAACGAUCUUGAGCAUGGUCCCUGCCUGGCACAGUGCCCGGCUUCGGAUCUUCCUGUGUUUGGGGCCUCAGGAGGCACCUGGGGCAGCGGAGGGGCGGCUCCGGGCACUGUUGAGCCAACUCCGAAUCCGGGCCGAGGUGCAGGAGGUGGUGUGGGGCGAAGGGGCCAGGACUGGGCAGUCCCAGGAGGAGGAGGAGGAAGGGGACUUUGUGAACGGUGGUCGGGGAGACACGGAGGCCGAGGCCCUGGCCUGCAGUGCCAACGCCCUGGUGCGGGCCCAGCAAGGGCGAGGCGCCGCAGGAGGCCCCGGGGCACCCGAAGGCGGCAGGGAUGUCGGGGAAGGGCCCAUCACCGUCCUCACCUUCCUGUACCUGCCUCGGCCACCUGCCGAUGCGGCCCGCUAUCCUCAGUACUUAGCUCUGCUGGACACCCUGAGCCGUGACUUGGGUCCCACGCUGCUGGUUCACGGUGUCACUCCGGUCACCUGCACCGACCUCUGAGGGUGUUCCUCCGGGAUGGGGUGCAGUGUGCCCAGGCCCACCCCGAGUAACGAUCAUUAACUCGCCUCCCACGGGGGCCCUGUCUUUGGGAUGUCCAGCCUGCCGGACAUUGUAAGGGGACCGUGGUCCUCCCGGGGAGACAGCGCCUAGGUAGGAGGAGGCCUCGCGGAGCCUGUCUUCCUGGCCUGCCGCUGUCCCUCUCCUUUCACUGGUGCCUUGACCAGAGGGGCAGGUCCCCUCUGUGACUCUAGGCUACCUCAGUGCCCCCAUCUUGGCCGCAGACGCCCACCAACCCCUUCCCCUGCCGGGGGGCGGGGGGGGGGGAGUGGAUGACGUUUCUGUUUGUUUUAUUUUUCUAACUGCUGACCGUGAAUAAAAUAAAAUAAAAUAAAAAUGAGCAAAGCACAA